GCCGAUUUUGCUGCGCUGCAUGUCAACCUGUAACCUGUGACCAACAAGCAUCCAGCUACCAGCAGUCAGCUCGUACCUAUUACCUGACAGGACGCUUUCUUUUUACCCCGUCAUACCUACCUACAUACCUACAUACAUCCUUCUCCAUCGCAUUGCAACGACGGAUUGCGACUCUGCAUUUCACUCCUCAACAACCCACCCAGCGACUCGAAUCCGAUCGUCGCUACUCCAGGAACACGCAACAUCUUCAAUCACAAGUCAAACACAUUCCAGCAGGGCGAAUCCAGCCCAGACAUACCCCGCGCCCAUGGACUCUUAUGGAGUCAGGAGGAAGGACACCACAAAGGGACCGCCCCUCCGUGUCCUGUCGCUAGGUAAGCGCCCGCUCAUUUUAUUGCGAGCCUCGAAAUGUCGGCUGAAGCCCUUGUUAACUUGCCCUGCCAGAUGGAGGAGGUGUCCGCGGCUACUCCAUCUUCAUCAUCAUCCAGGAGUUGAUGCACCGAACCUUUGUCGAAACCGAAGGCCGCGCUCCCCGCCGACACGAGAUCCCCAAGCCAUGCGAACACUUCGACCUCAUCGUGGGCACCGGCACCGGCGGUCUGAUCGCCCUCAUGCUCGGUCGCCUGCGCCUGGACAUCGAGACUUGCAAGGAGCUCUACGUCCGCCUCACCCGCAUGGUGUUUGAGACGGACAAGACCAUCGCCGGUAUUCCCUACCGAUCCACCCUGUUCAAGGCCAGCAAGCUUGAGGAGGCCAUCAAGCAGUGUGUCCAGGAACACACUGCCAACGACAAGGAGGGCAACGACGGGUCCGAGCCUGAUCUCUUCAGCCCCCUCAACCCCGCCCUCUAUUCGAGCGCCGCGCCAAGGCGCCAUGCCAGCAACGCCAGUGUCGUCAGCUUCAGCGCUCGCAGCCCUGCCGCCCAAAUGUCCCGCCCGUCCAUGAGCUCGAGGCAUGGCGACCCCAACGCCAGGUUGUACGACUCCCGAGAGAACCGCACCAAGACCGCUGUCACUGCUGUGUACAAGGGAUCUCCUCGAGGCUCGCCGCCCGCCGUUCUCCGAUCCUACGACUCCCGACGCGAGCCACCCCCCGAAUUCGACUGCAAGAUUUGGCAGGCUGGUCGCGCAACCUGCGCGAUUGGCCUCGCUUUCAAGCCCAUUCAGAUCGGUCAGUCGGUCUUCCAUGACGAUGGUGUCGGCACUUUCAACCCCAGUCCCGAAGCCUUGGACGAGGCCGUGGUGAAUGAGUGGCCGGGACGGGAAGUAGGCGUUUUCGUCAGUAUCGGUACCGGACGACGCCCCAGAGGCAGCGAUGCGAACUCGCAGAUGUGGUAUGAAGGAUUUCUCGGCGACUUCGCCGAGGCACGACGGAGGCUGAUCUCCAAGAUCGAGGGGUGCGAGAAGAUUCACGAGUACAUGGUCCGGGAACAUCUUUCGAAGCGUGGAGUCAACGUCGAGAACUACUACCGCCUGAACGUCGAGAUUGGUGUGGGCGAGUUUGGCAUGAACGAGUGGAACCGUCUGGGAGAUAUCAGCACGGGAACUCGGCGAUACAUGGCCAAAGAUGCCGAGCAGAAGAUGAUCCGAGGCGUCACGACCAAGCUGGCCAAGAUUUAUCGAGCCAAGAUGCGCUUCGAGCGAGCAGCCCGAGGAGUCCCUGAACUGGUCAAGUCAACCUCAACCACCUUUGAGUCUCCGCUCGCAGUUGAGCUCCCUGGUGACUUCCCAAUGACGGUGCCGCUGCCACACAGUCCACCCAGCCGGUCGUCGUUCGAGUCUGGAUCGGAUAGUCUCCAUAUCCACAACGGCUAUGCCUCCCCUCGCAGCUCCAAUGAGCGCAUCCGUCCCAGCACAGGGAACUCGGGGGGUUCUCCUCCUCCGGGCCAACGACCAAGGCCAUCGGCGCCAAGUGCAAGCGCCCCAUCACUCCAACACAAUGGCCCGGAUCACCUCACGGUGUCAGCUCCCACCCCAUCACAGUACUGGGACGGUUCAGGGUCUGACUUGAUAUCCAUCACGAGCCCAGAUGAGCAACCGCGGCCGUCCUCAUCAUCGAAGCAGGCAGGUCCGCCUCCGACACGAAUCGAGCCACCGCCGCUCCCACCCAAGACACCGCUCCCCGAGAGCCAGCAGGGAGGCAGACGGCCACCACCCGCCAUCACGCCUCCGUAUCCUCUGGACGACGAGGAGCCGCCGCCAGUGAACAUGGCCCGAAAGCCUGAUUACCGAGGCAGGAAAUGAACAAGGUCAUAAAAAUGUAGAAGGGCAUUAGGGAAUAGGGGGACUAGGUUUUUGUUUCACGAUUUGGUUCCCCGUCGCUAUGACAGUUCCAAGCUGGGGAUGA